AUGUUUUGUAGAACAACUUUAUAUUUUUUGCUUAUAACAAGAGUGCUCACUAGCCACGAUGUGGAAGUAAAAUCGGAAGAGGAUUUAGGCGUUAAAUAUGCUAACAGAUGCGAAGUCUGUAAAAUAUUAGCUACAGAAUUGCAAGGCAGGCUUGAAGAAACCGGCAAAGUGCACGACGUUAUCGAAAUCGGCUACUCUUUAGACGAUGUGAAACCGAAGAAGAAAACAAAAUAUCAAAAAUCUGAAUUAAGAUUAAUCGAAUCCUUAGACGGUGUGUGCGAGAAGAUUCUGGAAUACAAUAUCCAUAAGGAACGCGAAGACAGUACAAGGUUCGCUAAAGGUAUGAGCCAAACGUUUAAAACUCUUCAUGGUUUGGUAGACAAAGGCGUCAAAGUAGACUUAGGCAUACCUUUAGAGUUGUGGGAUAAGCCAUCGGCGGAAAUCACUCAUAUGAAAACACAAUGUGAAAGUCUUUUAGAAGAGAAUGAAGAUGCCAUUGAGGAUUGGUAUUGGAAGCAUCAAGGUAGCAUCGAUUUGAAAAUUCACUUGUGUACAAAGCACGCAUUGAAAAACACAGAUGACUCCUGUCUGUUUGAAGAAUUAAAAGAAAAAGGAGAAAAGGGCAAAGCAAAGACCGAGUUGUGA